AUGGAGGCCGAUGCAAAUGCUAAAAGCUAUGAAGAAGUCAGUAGCCCACAAGUCGAAGCAGGUAGUCAAUUUAUCCGUGGGUUAAACCUCUCCUUGGGCGACAAAGUGCUUGACAUGGGUUGCGGUACAGGCCAUGUCACUAAAUGUAUCGCUGAUAUUGUUGGCCCUGGUGGUCAGGCUGUCGGAAUCGAUCCCGAUGCUGAGCGAAUCAAAAUUGCUGAAGAGAAAUCUAAAGAAGUCGGUAAUCUUCAGUUCUGUGUUGGCAGCAGUGCUAUUGGAUAUCCACACGAUAAUGAGCCGUAUUACGACGUUCACAUCAGCACGAAUGCAUUCCAUUGGGUUCCUGAUGACGAGAAAAGAAUUUACAUACAGAAAGCACAUCGAUGUUUGAAAGCUGGGGGGAAACUGGCCAUUUGGUGUACCGCAAAGAUGCCGAAUGAGGAGAAAAUCGAAGGAGUUCAUACGUUAACCCAAGAGGGCUAUCAAGAUUUGUUUCAAGAGGUUGGUCUCUUCAAUAACGUUGUGGUGGACAAUGUGAUCUACCCAUAUCGAUGUAAGUCAUUUGAAGCAUUUAAGCGAUUCUUCGAAGCUUCAUUGCAUCAGGAGCUGGAUUCUGACAAAUAUGCGGAGUUACUUAAGAAAUGUGUUACCUCAGAAGAUGACGGGCAAGUCACUUGUAAAGUGCCAUGUAUUCGCAUCACAGCAUGCAAAAAUUGA